CCCGCUGCCUCCUCCGGGCCGCGCCGCUCUACCCGCCGCCAUUUUCGCCGCCGCCGCCGCCGCCAAGAUGGAGGCGCCUCCCGUCACCAUGAUGCCCGUUACGGGCGGCACCAUCAACAUGAUGGAGUACCUGCUGCAAGGAAGCGUUCUGGACCAGAGCCUGGAGAGCCUGCUGCACCGCCUGCGCGGGCUGUGCGACAACAUGGAGCCGGAGACCUUCCUGGACCACGAGAUGGUGUUCCUGCUGAAGGGCCAGCAGGCCAGCCCCUUCGUGCUGCGGGCGCGGCGCUCCAUGGACAAGAGCGGCAUGCCCUGGCACCUGCGGUACCUGGGCCAGCCGGAAAUCGGGGACAAAAACCGGCACGCGCUGGUGCGCAACUGUGUGGACAUCGCGACUUCGGACAACCUGACGGACUUCCUGGUGGAGAUGGGCUUCCGCAUGGAUCACGAGUUCGUGGCCAAGGGGCACGUGUUCCGCAAGGGGAUCAUGAAGAUCGUGGUGUACAAGAUCUUCCGCAUCUUGAUGCCCGGCAACACGGAUAGCAUCGAGCCUCUCUCCCUGUCCUACCUUGUCGAGCUUAACGUUGUCGCUCCGGCGGGACAGGACGUAGUUUCUGAUGAUAUGAGGAACUUUGCAGAGCAGCUGAAGCCCUUAGUGCAUCUGGAAAAAAUUGACCCUAAAAGGUUGAUGUGAUGAAAUGCUGGGCAGUUCGAGCAGUGCUGUCGCUGGUAGUCCAGUAGGAACUAACCUUUGUUCAGAUCAUUCUGUGUGCGUUCUGAGUGUGUCCUGUCAGGAUGUCCGUAUUUGAACGUGCUAGCCUGAUUAAGUAGAGUCAUAGAAUUACGGAGUCUUUGAAGAUAGAAGCGCCUUGAAAAAACGUGUAGUUAACUGGCUUGACUAGCAUAGCUUUGCUGUAGCCAGCUGAGAGUGGUUGGACUCCAGUGCACCCAGAACUUUUGUUCACACACUCCACUGUGUCUUCUCCCCUGCUGGAGCAGUAAGCGAUAUUAAGGUGCAACACUUAAAAAUAUUGACUUUAUGGUGUGGGGCAGGGAGGGGCUAUAGGCUUUGAUUUAUUGGUUUUGUUUUGUUUGGUAAUGAGCCAGCAUUUGGUGUUUGAUUAUGCACAUAGAUGCAUGCUUAAAAGCAGAGUGUAUGAAAUUUUUGAGAAGUUUUUGUUGGAAAUAUGAGGACCACUCCUUUGUCUGAGAUUCACCCUGACUACGGGGAAGAAAAUGAAAUAUUAUGGUAUGCAGUGGUGGCCAGUCUAUAAAUUAUAUGGGGAAAAGUAGUCAGAAAUGGGAGCCUUGAAAAUGAAAGAUAAAAUCCUUUUUAAGCUAUUUAAAUGUGAGUUUGGAAAUAAGAUUUUAAUUCUUGAAUUUUUGUAUAUGUCAGGAUGCAUUUGUUAUAAAAUGAUUAUUACACUAGACAGAAAUACAGGUUGAUGGAAAUGAAUUUGAGGGCUUUAGUGAUACUAUCUGAAUCUGGGAAGAGCAAAAAUUAAAAAAAAAAUGUUGCUCUGCUCGUGAUAUUGGAAAAAAGAAUGUAUUAAGCGACACGAUGAAGAAGAAGAUAUGCAGUUGCUAAUGGCUGGAUCUACAGAUGAGAGAAAUGAUGAUUGUGCAGAGUGUUGGUGGGAAGGAACUAAGGGAAAGUUAAGCCGUGAGGUCAGAAGGACUGGUGGUCAUUUCUGAAUCAGGGCUGUCACAACAGCCAGCAGCCAUUGAGGCUCCUGUGAGACAAACAGGGGGCCCGCUGGAUUGCCUGAGUGCAGGUUCCCUUUUCUGCCCCCAUUGUGAUGAAUCAGAAGGAGUAUGUUGGAUCGUAUAGAGAAUAUCCAGGUAGGGGUCAUAGUCCUUACCAUGAGUCGUAACCGUGACCAGAAAGAUGCACAGGUUUUGCAGAACACAUUGUUAUUCCCUGAGGAAAAAAAAAAAAUCAAACAAAAACACAACAUUCUUUUUAGGGAAAGCUAAUGGGGAAGAUGAGGAUAAUAGCAAGGGAAAACCUAGAAUGGUUUAUGCUUGAAAUAGAACUUAAGUGGGAUCUGAAUUCUGUUGGGGGACAGCUAGUGAUUAAAUAAU